AUGUGGAGCUAUGCGUGGAGCACCAACUUGGCUGUAUCCCCCAAAAGGACAUUAUCUCGGAGGGGCCACCGACAAUGGCGAAUCUGUUUUCCGGUGUUCCUGGACAAAGUUGACAAGGAAAUCGAGCUAUUUUCUCCGUGGUGGUCCCGUGGGAAGCUAGAGGAGUGUGUCCAGUUUGGCCUACAGCCGAAGCUCGAAGUCAAGCAGUGGUGGUACCUCGACAACCUAGAGGAAGUGAGCAACCAGUACGAAGAUGUGGCCAUGCCACUGCAGCUGAUGAUGUUUGAUGAGCUUGCCUAUUACUUGCAGUUUGGUGACCUGAAAAUUUACUGCGGGAUUCCACAGUGA